AUGAGCCACUUCGCUCGCGCAGCAGUCGCUGCCACUCUCACUGCUGCUGCCAAUGCCUCAUCUCUCGCCGAUGUUUGCACCGUCUCAAAUGUCCAAGCUGCUCUGCCCGCCAAUGGUACCCUUCUAGGCAUCGAUCUGAUCCCUUCAGCUGUCACUGCAAGUGCCGUCUACAAUGCAUCCACUAGUAUGGGAGGCAUGGGCGGCACGAGUUCUGGCAGUGGAACCACCUACAGCUAUUGCAAUGUUACCAUCACCUACACUCAUACUGGCAAGGAUGAUGAGGUCGUUGUCAAGUAUGCUUUCCCUCAGCCAUCUGACUUCAAAAAGCGUUUCUACGUGGCUGGUGGAGGUCUCGAGUAUGGCGCCGUCAGUGGCGCCACCUCCGCUGGCUACGAUGCCUUCGACUACAGCUACGACGAAGUUGUCCUCGCAGGUAACGGAUCCAUCAACUGGGACGCAACCUACAUGUUCUCGUACCAGGCUUUGGGCGAGAUGACCAAGGUCGGCAAGUACAUCACCGAAGGAUUUUACGGCAUGAACAACACCAAGGUUUACACCUACUUCGAGGGCUGCUCUGACGGUGGUCGUGAGGGUAUGAGUCAGGUCCAGCGCUUUGGAGACGAGUACGAUGGUGCUAUUACUGGCGCUCCCGCCUUCCGCUUCGCACAGCAACAAGUCCAUCACGUCUACUCUGCAGCCGUCGAACAUACCAUGGACUACUACCCUCCUCCCUGCGCACUGGCCAAGAUCGUGAAUGCGACCAUCGCUGCCUGCGACCCUCUCGAUGGACGAACCGACGGAGUCAUUUCUCGCACCGAUCUCUGCAAGCUGCACUUCAACCUGAGCUCCAUCGUUGGAGAGUCUUAUUACUGUGCUGCUGAAACUAGCUCAUCUCUAGGCUUUGGCUUCAGCAAGCGUCAGGCUGGUAGCCAGACCAGUAACACACCCGAACAGAAUGGCACUAUUACUGCUCAGGACGUUGCAGUCGCCCAAGCUGUCUACGACGGUCUCCAUAAUUCAAAGGGCGAGCGCGCAUACCUCUCUUGGCAAAUUGGUUCUGAACUAUCUGACGCUGACCCGACCUACAACACCAACACCAGCUCAUGGGAGCUCAACAUUCCUUCCACUGGCGGCGAGUACGUAACCAAGUUCGUUCAACUUCUUGACCUCGACAACCUUUCCGACCUUGAUGGUGUCACCUACGAUACUCUCGUCGAAUGGAUGACCAUCGGAAUGGUUCGCUACCUGGACAGUCUUCAAACCACUCUUCCCGACCUCACUACCUUCAAAGAAACUGGCGGCAAGCUCCUCCACUACCACGGCGAAUCCGAUCCCAGUAUUCCUUCUGCUUCUUCGGUCCACUACUGGCAAUCAGUGCGCUCCAUCAUGUACGGCCACCUCUCGCAAGAAGAUGCACAGAAAGAACUUCAAGAUUGGUACCAAUUCUACCUCGUGCCUGGUGCCGCCCACUGUGGAACCAACAGCCUCCAGCCUGGUCCAUACCCUGAGAACAACAUGAACAUUAUGAUCGACUGGGUUGAGAAUGGCAACAAGCCUUCGCGCUUGAACGCAACCGUCUCCUCCGGCGACUACGAGGGCGAAACUCAGAUGCUUUGUCAGUGGCCUACCCGCCCUGUGUGGCAUGGAAACAGCACCUUCGACUGCGUGAAUGACAAGGCAUCUAUUGACAGCUGGACUUACAAAUUCCCUGCUUUCAAGCUUCCUGUCUACUAG